AUGGGCAAGCUCCAGUCUCUCCAGCUCCUCUUUACCCAUCCAACCGAGUUUAUUGUCCUCGCUCAGUACUGGCUCUUUCAUGAACCCAGCCGCGACAUUACAAACCCAAAAGAGUUCAAGACGAGCGGCUAUGACCGCGACUCGAUGAAAAAAUGCUGGGAAUUCCUCGACAAGACCUCUCGCUCCUUUUCAGCUGUCAUUAAAGAGCUCGACGGUGACCUUGCCCGCGUGAUUUGUCUAUUUUAUCUUGUUCUACGUGGUCUCGAUACGAUUGAAGACGACAUGACACUUUCGGACGAAAUUAAGCAACCCAUCCUCCGGACAUUCCACUCCAAACUCAGCGUCGAGGGAUGGACAUUUGACGGCUGUGGACCCUUUGAAAAGGACCGACAACUUCUUGUCGAAUUUGACAAUGUCAUCACCGAAAUGGGCCACCUGGACCCUCUAUGCCGGGAAGUCAUCACCGACAUUACCCUCAAGAUGGAGACGGGUAUGGCCGACUUUGCCCACCGUGCCGCCACCUCGAAGACUGUCCCUUACCUCACCACCAUUGCCGAAUACGACCUCUACUGCCACUACGUCGCCGGUCUCGUCGGUGAGGGUCUCUCUCGUCUCUUCGCCGCAACAGGCAAAGAGCGCGAAUGGAUCGCCGACCAACUCGUGCUGUCCAACUCGAUGGGUCUCCUCCUCCAAAAGACCAACAUCCUGCGCGACUUCCGCGAAGAUGCCGACGAGCGAAGAUAUUUUUGGCCACAGGAGAUAUGGGGCGCCUAUGGGUUUAAACGACCAGAGGAAAUGUAUGCCCCCGAGGCCGGCGACAAGGCCCUUUGGGCACUCAGCCAUAUGACGCUAAACGCUCUCAGCCACUGCGUCGACGCACUCGAUUACCUCGUCCUCCUUCGCAACCAGACCGUCUUCAACUUUUGCGCCAUCCCGGCCGUCAUGGCCAUUGCCACGCUCGAGCUGUGCUUUAUGAACCCGGCCGUCUUCCAACGAAAUGUCAAGAUUCGCAAGGGUGAAGCCGUCCGACUGAUCAUGACCUCGACCAACCCUAUGGCCGUCUCCUAUGCCUUCCGAGACUAUGCACGCAAAAUCCACCGCAAAGCCGUCGUUGCGGACCCAAAUUACCUCGCCCUCUGCGUCAUGUGCGGCAAAAUCGAAACCUGGGUCGAACACCACUACCCGACCUUUGUCUCCUUUACAAAAGAGUCCAAGACGAUUGAAUACAACGCCGCGGACCCACGAUCGCAAAUCGUCAAACGGUACCAAGAGCUCGAAAGGGAAAAGGUUCGUCGUGAGCGAGGCGAAGAGGCUGUUCGGGCUAUCCCUGAUCCGCAUGUGGAUAACGUCGUACCAUGGCAGUUGUACGCCUUUGUCAUUGGCGCAACGAUUGCAUUGUUCGCGGUGACGGGUAUGAUUAUCCUCUUUGCGCUCUGGUGGUUCUAUGGCGAGGAGUGGAACUGGGUAGACAUCGGUUCGCUUGCGCCGCGCGUUGACCUUUAG